CACGCACCUCCCGCUUCUGCUUCUCACUACUCUCUACCACUGAUUACUCACAUGUUAUGCCGGUGUAAACAAACUGUUUUCUUGUAAAUAUUCUUGGACAGUAGGACACUACCCGAAAUUUGGAUCACACUGCUUCCACAAGGCAUCGUGGGGUGAGAAACCAAAAAAUGGCAGACCAAGACUUGCACCAACUGAUGCUGGAUGCCGAACAGCAGUCGGCGGAGAUUUCCAGCUUAGGCACAGCUUUGCCCCAGUUGGACAGGAACCUGAGACAGGUUUGUGAGGCGUCACAGACAUUAUGGAACAAACUGUCUCAAACCGGGCCCAGCGAGGGAAUCCAAGCGCACUUGCUCCUGGGCUCGAAAGGCAUGGACCUCUCCCAGAUAUCUCAAAAACUGGAAGCACUCAGUUCAAGAGACAUGUUAGCACCAUUAGAACCAGUCCCUGAUACAGACAUUGACAAUUUCCUCAUGAAUGAAACACAGAACGUCCUUCUUGGCAUUUUAGAAGAAACACAGAAUUUUAAUUUUGGAAAGUUAAAAGAAAAGCAGCGGAUGGAGAAGGAAGAGAAGGUUCUGGAGGAGAGUUGGCUGAAAGAACGAUGUGAAAUUUUAAAUGCUAUUCUGCUAGAGUCUGUCGAUCAGGAAAUGGACUUUGUUCAACCAGAUAUGGAGACCACGGUUCUAAGUGAAAGGCCAACUACAGUUAGAAGUCUAAUGAGUAGCCAGGAGGUGGCCUAUGCAAACAAAGUCAUUGAGUUCAACAAGGCUGUUCUUUCGGGCAGCUCAAAGGAGCCCUUAAUGAAAACAUUUAUGAAUCUAGCUUCGCAGUUCAGUGAAAAGAAAGUGUUUGAUCUGUGGGAGUGCUUGUCGACCAUGAUCAAAAUUCCAAUUGAGCUGUCCAUCUUGGAUGGCGAUCCGCUCAAAACCAGAAACAGUCCCAGAGUCCAGUUGGCCCUCAUCAAACAAGCAAGAGCGUUCUUGCAGGACAGGUACAAACUCUUCAUGCAAAACACAGUGGCCAACAACUUGCAGAGGGCGAUGAGGGGAGGUGCUCCGGGCACAUUCUCUUUGGUGCGCAGUUUUGCGGCAAUUCAGGAGCUGGUCAAUGAAGGCUGCUUCGAUGAUGGCCAGGUUGAAGGUCUGCCAGUGUGGGCUCUCAUCUACUACUGUCUCCGGUGUGGAGACUACAAAGCUGCUUUUUACUGCGUUCAGCAAGCUGGCUCUCAUUUGGUUGAUUCAUACUCCGCAUUCUUUGAGGAUAUGGCUGGGAAUGAUGGCCAAGUAAGUGAAUCAGUUUCGGAAGUGCUCAGAUACCAGUACAGGCAUGUUGUUGCUUCCUCUGAAGACUCUUUCAAAAAAGCCGUAUUCUGCCUGCUUGGUGGCUGCGACAUCAAAGAGGACUUCCCUGAGGUUGUUCAAACGGCAGAAGACUACAUCUGGUUCAAGCUGGGACAAGUGAAAACCAUGCCAGAUGGCCACGAACUGCCCAUGGACAUCCUCACCUACAACCACUUGCAGAGCCUCAUUUCCCAGGAAUACGGCGAAACUCACUACAAGGCAACAGAACAGCCAUUCCUCUAUGCUUCAAUGUUGCUGCUUACCAGCCAGUUUGAGGAGGCGAUUGAAUUUUUGAACAGAACUUCGUUCCUGCGACCCCACGCAGUCCACAUGGCUCUGGCCCUGGCUGAAACUGGACUUCUUGCCACCUCUGUACCACUUCAAGCCCCUCUUUUGUCACUUGAUGAAAAUGAACCAGCACCUAGCAAGAGGCUUAAUUUGCCCAGAUUGGUGAUGACCUACUGCAACAAGUUCAGUCACUCAAACUUGGCUGAAGCCAUUAACUACUUCUACUUCUUGAGGGAUUUGAAGGACGCAGAUGGCGUGAAUUUGUUUAAACUGUGCUGCUGCGACUUGGCACUUGAGAACAAGGCCUUCAAUGUCAUGUUCGGCAUGUUGAAUGAACGAGGAGAUAGGGUUUUCGGAGUGUUAGAUGAGUUUUUCUCGUCUGAGGAGGACACCAAGGCUAUUAUUAGAAUGGUGGCUGAAGAAUCUGAAAAGAAAAGCUGCUUGGAGGAUGCUAUUUUCCUAUUUGAGCUCUGCAGUGACCAUGAAAACUCUCUGCGCCUACUGAAUUCCAUGCUUGGGCAGAUUUUGCCGCAAGAUAACAAGCUUGGUUCCGUACGUGAAAGAAUGGAGAGCGUGGCCAUGAUGCACAAGCAGCGUUACCACGGCAAAGAGAUUAACUGCUCCGCACCAACAGCCAGCAACUUCAACCUGCUGUGUCGCUUGAUUGAAUUCUUCAACCACUGGCAUUCCAAAGAUUUCCGCAAGGCCCUGGAAAUCGUCAGCGAAGUGGAGUUGCUUCCCAAGAAACCUUCUGAGGUCGAGCAUUACAUUGCUGUCUUCCGCCAGCUCUCAGGAGACAUCAUGAAAAACAUCCCAGAGGUGAUGCUGGCAACAAUGAACAUUCUCAGCGCAGAGUAUAACAGGCUCAAAUCUAAUAGGGUCGGGUCUCCAACCAAACACCACGCGCAAGAGGAUCUGCGGCAAUAUGGUCAAGCCAUCACUGCCUACUCAGCGUCUCUGCCAUACGACAUGCCAGGAGACACGAAUGCCAAAAUGGUGCAGCUGAUGAUGACCAUGAAUUGAGAGCCAUAGUUAAGUUGAAAAUCACCCCCAUGUAACUAUACGUCUGCUGUCGGGAGUUGAAUAAAUAUUUUGCAAUUU